GGAUAUAGGAUGCACUAAUGGAGGCCCCUGGAAGAAGGACCUUUGUCGCUCUGUGUUUCUACACUGCACUAUUUACUCACUCAGAAGUAAACUCAGAGUUCGUCCAUGUUCCGGCCGUGCUCCAUGGCGUCAAAGGGAAGUCCCUCCUCCUCUCCGUGGAGACUCACUUCCAAAAUAAGGAUGUUGAGAUCCAGGGCAGCUGGUACCAGACCCGGCCGGGGGGCCCCAAAACCCUCCUGGUGACCUUCCACAACCAUUCAGCCAUCAUGGUGGCCUCGAUGAGACACAGGAACCGCUUCUCCUUCCAGCCCCCCAAUGCCUCUCUCCUGAUCCCCAGGCUGGACAAGGCGGCGGAAGGGGACUAUCACCUGGACCUGGACAUCCACUUCCCCCAGAGACAGGAGCUUGUCAGGGUUGAGAGGACCAUCCAUGUCACCGUAGAUGUACCUGUGUCCACCCCUGUUAUCCAGAAGACCCCAUCUUCUACAGUCAUUGAGGACAAGGAGAACGUGACGUGGACCUGCUGGGUGGAGAAUGGGACCAGGGUCCAGUACCAGUGGCUGAGGAACAACAUGCCCCUAGAUGCUAGUGAUCGCCAUCAGUUCUCCCACAAUAACUCUACUCUGGUGAUAAGCCCUGUGAGGAAGAAGGACAUUGGACAGUACCACUGCCUAGCCAGGAACCACAUCAGCCAGAGACAGAGCCACACACUGGACCUCAGUGUAUUCUAUGGCCCUUACAACCUGGCUGUAAAGUCUGACCAUGGCCUGAGGACCGGGGAGGUCUUCACAGUGAACCCUGGUGAGCUGGUGUUCUUCAACUGUCAGGCCGACUCCAACCCUCCCAACAGCUGUAUGUGGAUCUCCAAGACCAACAAUGCCACUGAGGUCAUCACUGUGGGACUGCGCCUGGAGGUCACGUCAUACAAACUGGCCCAGGCCGAGGAGUUCCUGUGUAGGGCCUUCAACAACGUGACCCAGAAGCAGGACGAGACCCAGUUUACCCUGGUGGUGGCCAGCCUCGGGACAGGAAAGGAGAGAUAUGUCCAGGAGAGCAGCUCAUUCUCUCCUCUGGCUGGCAUCACUCUGUCCUGUCUGUUCAUUACUGGCUGUAUGUUACUGGUCUACUUCAUAAAGACCUGUCAUCGUCCCAAGAGAGUUCUCAUGAACAUAUAUAACAGACCUUUGACAGAACAGAAGCGCCCACACCGUUCAGGUCAUGAAGACGCAACUGAAGACUUUGGCAUCUAUGAAUUCGUCUCUAUACCUGGGAAAAUGGAAUCUACACAGGCAUCAAGCAGAUCUCUGGUACACCUGGAGUCUGUCCAGGAUUUGCAUACCACCAUCUAUGAUGUCAUCAGGCACAUCCCUGAAACUCCCACGCUGGCUACCCAGAGCCUGCUGUUGAAGCAGUGUGAAGCCUAACCAGAGACCAGAAUAUUAUUAAAGAUACUUUCUGAGUCCCAAAUGGAACCAUAUUCUCUAUAUAAUGCACUAUGGGCACUGGUCAAAAGUAGUGCACUACAUAGGGAAAAGGGUGCUAUUUGGGACACACACCCCAGUCUGUGACCAUUUUGUAUAUGAACUCCAGUGAGGUUUUCCUCCUGACAAGUGUACAUACCUUCACCAAAGUCCCAAGCACUUCUCUGAAAUCCCAUGGACAUUAUUCAUCAAUGGAUGAGCUUUAAUGUGUCAAUAAGAUAUACUGUAUUGAUCUAAUGGAAUCUAAGAUAUUUACACUACAAGAACAUAUGGUACAGUUCCCACGUCUUACUUACUAUUUUAAAAUACUGUAUUUAUUUAAUUUAAAGUACAAUGGUGUCCUUUGAGAUCUCAUGAAUAUGUUUUUCUCUUAAAAAUGUAUUUAUAUUCAAUGUGCUAUUCAAGCUCUCUCUGGAAGUGGGCAAGUAUAUUUGGAUGAAUUAAUUAUCACAUUACAUGCGAGAUACUGUCUGAUGGCUGUUUAGUCAAACAUAAUUUUUCAGCAUGUAAAUACAUCUAUUCUACAGUACACUGCAAUUACUUAUUUUUUUUUCAAGAACUUACAUUUUGUUUUACUGAAUAAGCCCUAUUUAUUUCCAUGUAAACGGUUGAUGGUCUUUCUGAAUGUAGCAUUUUUUAUCUCGACAUUGUCAAAUACACUCCACCGGAGGUUGAAAUGCCAGAUGUGCUGUUGCCUGUCUGCAGAGUAUUGUACAGUUUCCAGUUACAGAUAUGUACUUUUUGUAUUUUAAUAAAGAUUUAUAACAAUUUGAUUAGACUCAGA